UCUCAGAAACAAAGAUUCGAUCGAAACCGCAUAAAAGCCAAAACAUAUAAUGAGGGAGACUUAGUAUUGGUAAAAAUACAAAGCCAAACCAAUGAUGGACGGAGUAGGAAGUUACUACCAGCAUUCAAGGGUCCGUUCCAAAUAGGAAAGUGUUUGGGGCGAGAUAGGUAUCAAAUCAGUGACAUGAGAGGCAGUGAGAGAUGCAAUAAGAAAUAUGAUGGAGUGGCCGCUGCGGAAAAUAUUAAACCGUGGAUCAGAAUUGAUGAUUGGUGCAUUGAUUAAAAUGGAUCCUAAACAAGUAACAUGCGUGUUGGCAAAAUUGAAUACGUCCUUCAUAGUACAAAUAAGUGAUGGGAACCUACUGGACUUUACUACGUGCCUGGGGACAUGCACGGUGCAGGAGGGCCGUGUUGGCAACCCCGAUGACGUAAGCGGCGCCACGGCGGCGGCGCUGGAGUCAAGAGGGCGCGGGCGCGAAGAAAAAGAUUAUUGUGGGGUAGAUUCCGGCGCAAGCGCAGUGUUUUAAGUUGUAUCGAUAGUUUUGUUACAUAUUGAAUUUGUUUAACUGUAUUUGUUUCGUUUAAAUGAGUGAUUAAGUAUUUCAAACGUUGUCUCAUUUAACUGCCUAAUUAAUUCAUAUUGAGGUUGCGUGCUGUGG